AUGGUGAUAACUGUGACGUCCAUUUGUGGUCUCUGCGGCAUUGCUGUAAACCUAGUACCUAAUAUCAUCGCCAGCGGUAUUCUCUUCAUAAUAUUCCUCCUUGGAAUGACUAUAGUUGGCAUUUAUUUGGCGAUAGCUGUUGAUUUGUUCCCCACGUAUUUAAGAGUUUUCGCCGUAUCGUUUAUUUUAACGGGAGGUCGCCUGUCCACUAUUAUCUCAGUACAAACUCUAAACUAUAUGCUAGGAAACCAUUGCGAAACUGGUUUUUACGUCUUUUCGUCUAUCUACGCUGCAUCCGCUCUGCUUGCCUGUUUUCUUGCUGAUGAUCGAAAAACUGCAAACAACCCUUUGUAA